AUGUCGCUUUCAGCUCAAGUUCUUCGUCGUCUUGUUUCAAAGGUUGGUGGAGUUUACUGGAAAGUUCAGAAUUUAUGAGUUCGAACUCUGAGAUCUCAAGAAUGUUAAAAUUCAGAGACUUCAAUGAAAAAGUUACUGUAUUUUUUGAAAAGGGGGAGUUUUCAGCAUAGCACAACUUUAUAAAAAAAACCUUAUAAAUUUACGAAACCCAAUUUUUCAAAGAGUAGUUUUUAAAAACUCCUGAGUUUCUACUAUUUUUCACAAUUUCAGAACCAGUUUCUGGGUAACAAAUUUCUUUAUCUAUGAAAUUUAAAUUAUACAGUUUUUCAAGCUUAAUUCUCAUUAGGAAAAUAAAUGCAAAGAACAAGUUUCUGAAAAUCACCUUCCUCUAUUUCGAACACAGAAAAAAAAAACAUCUGUGCUGAUAUAGUUGUUGUGUCAGUUGGUUUUUUGCUCAUCAUGCAACUCGCAUUUUUGUUUACAACGGUUCCCUCUUUCUUGCUCUUGAUAUUUCAUUAUCAGCAGGCACACUUUCCUUUCUUUCAAUUUCCACUGACGUUGUUUCAAGACUACAACACAUACAUGGCACUGCUCUCAAAAUUGUGAGGGGGAGAUCAUGACAUUUGGAAAAAAUUUUCGAGGGGGGAUCAUGACAUUACAUACAAAAAAUCUAAAUUUUUUUCAAAGUGAAAUCGGUACGCUAGAAAAAAAUUCGGUUUUUGCAUGUGGUCAUUUUUGACAUAUUUUUUCAGGUUUGAUAAUUUGGAAACUAGUUCUUUAGGAAUAUCGGAUGUAGAGAAAGGGCGAAGAAUUCGACGGAUAUCAUUCAUUGGCUAAUUAUUCUUAUUUUAUUUCUAAAAUUCUCAAUUUUAUUUUUCUAUAUCCUUCUAAAAUAAAAAAUGAGUUUAUUGUAGUAAGUUCCUUUCAGAAAUCUUCAUGCAAUUAUCAUGCUCAACCCUUCUGAACAAUUCCAUAUAAAUUAUAGACAAUGCGUUAUUUAUUUGAUAAUCAAAUUGAAACUCAAAAAUAUUGAAUUAGAAAACAAAAGAAAAAAGUGGAUUCCACCGAGGAUUCGAUCCAAAAACCGUCUGAUUAUUACGCGCGAUCUCUACCGACUUGACCACGAGGCUACUUUUUUCACACGCUUAUUUUUAAGUGAUAAAAAAGGGAUAGAAGGGGGAGAUAAAAUGAAAAAGAGAAGGAGAAGCGGGAAAAAAUCAUGAAAUUUUUGAAAAAUUACCAUUUUUUAUCGAAUUUCGCCGAUUUUGUUAUAUGUUCCGACUGUAUAAGUAACUUAAGGAUGGUAGAAAGCGAAUGUCUGUUAAAAUUAUCUCAAAAGAUGGCUUAUUUCUUGAGAUAUGAUCCCCCAAAAUGGCAUAGCGAAACGGCUUCGAUUUUGGGGGGGAUCAUAUCUCAAGAAAUAAACCUUCUUUUAAGAUAAUUUCGACAGACAUUCCUUUCUACCAUCCUUAAGUUACUUAUACAGUCGAAACAUAUAACAAAAUCGGCGAAAUUCGAUAAAAAAUGGAAAUUUUUCAAAAAUUUCAUGAUUUUUUUCCUCUUCUCCUUCUCUUUUUCAUUUUCUCUCCCCUUCUAUCCCUUUUUUAUCACUUAAAAAUAAGCAUGUGAAAAAAGUAGCCUCGUGGUCAAGUCGGUAGAGAUCGCGCGUAAUAAUCAGACGGUUUUUGGAUCGAAUCCUCGGUGGAAUCCACUUUUUUCUUUUGUUUUCUAAUUCAAUAUUUUUGAGUUUCAAUUUGAUUAUCAAAUAAAUAACGCAUUGUCUAUAAUUUAUAUGGAAUUGUUCAGAAGGGUUGAGCAUGAUCAUUGCAUGAAGAUUUCUGAAAGGAACUUACUACAAUAAACUCAUUUUUUAUUUUAGAAGGAUAUGGAAAAAUAUAAUUGAGAAUUUUAGAAAUAAAAUGAGAAAUAAGAAUAAUUAGCCAAUGAAUGAUAUCCGUCGAAUUCUUCGCCCUUUCUCUACAUCCGAUAUUCCUAAAGAACUAGUUUCCAAAUUAUCAAACCUGAAAAAUAUGUCAAAAAUGAAACUCCCCUCUCUCUCUUUGAUUUUUUUCAUUUUUUUUCACCAUUUAUUUUUUCAAAUUUUUGACGAAAAAAUUGAGGGGGGAUCAUGACAUUUCAAUAUUUUGGGGAGGGGGGAUCAUUACAUGGAGGGUCCGUUGGGCAAAGAUGCCAUGUAUGCUACAACAAAGACCACGUUUGUUGUUUCAAACACAUUAAAAAGAUAGCAAUUUUGAGUGUUCUUUGGAUGAUAAUUGUCAUGAGAUGAAAUGGAAAAAAAGGAGGAAUUCCAGAGAUAACAAAUUUGAUUUUUAUAGGGAGUUGCUCCAGUUUGUCAAACCAGCCAACUCUCCACAUCUGCUGAUGGAUCAACCAACUUGAAAGAAGUUCUUUCCAAGAAGAUCCCAGCUCAUAACGCCAAGGUCAAGGAUUUCCGCACACAACACGCCGCCACUGUUGUUCAAAAUGUGACUAUUGACAUGGUAAGUUUCAAAGAAGUUCUUUUAUGAAAAAUAAACCUAACUGUUUUGUUUUUAAGAUCUACGGAGGUAUGCGAUCCAUGAAGGGAAUGGUCACCGAAACCUCAGUUUUGGACCCAGAAGAGGGUAUCCGAUUCCGUGGAUAUUCUAUCCCAGAAUGCCAAAAAUUGUUACCAAAGGCUAAAGGAGGAGAAGAACCAAUCCCAGAAGCCAUCUGGUGGUUGUUGUGUACCGGAGAUAUCCCAACUGACGCUCAAACCACCGCCAUCACCAAAGAAUGGAACUCCCGCGCUGAUUUGCCAGCCCACGUUGUCCGUAUGUUGGACAACUUCCCAGACAACUUGCAUCCAAUGGCUCAAUUCAUCGCCGCCAUCGCUGCUUUGAACAACGAAUCCAAAUUCGCCGCUGCUUAUGCUCGCGGAGUUAAGAAGAACGCCUACUGGGAGUAUGCUUAUGAAGUGAGCUUUUUCCAACGAAUAAGUUUAAGAAUAAUGAUUUUCUUUUUAGGAUUCCAUGGAUCUCCUCGCUAAAUUGCCAACCGUCGCCGCGAUGAUCUACCGUAACUUGUACCGAGAUGGAUCAGCUGUCGGAGUCAUUGACCCAAAGAAGGAUUGGUCCGCCAACUUCUGCUCAAUGCUUGGAUACGACGAUCCAUUGUUCUCUGAACUCAUGAGACUCUACCUCGUUAUCCACUCUGAUCACGAAGGAGGAAACGUUUCGGCUCACACCUCCCACUUGGUUGGAUCAGCUUUGUCUGACCCAUAUUUGUCCUUCUCAGCUGCCAUGUCUGGAUUGGCUGGACCACUUCACGGAUUGGCUAACCAAGAAGUGAGUUUUUUACUCGGAAAUUUUUUCGCGAUUGGGAUUGAGAUGUUUCGAACCUACCAAAAUAUCCCUUCCGAUUUCGGGAAGUUAUGAUAUCUUCUCUAAAAUAAACGCAGUUUUUAUCUUGGCUCAAAACCAUCUAACAUCAAAAACUAAAAUCAAUAUUUCACAAUGCGACUACUUAACUCGUUCCCCCUUCAAUUUAGCAAAAAAUAAAUUACUUUAACAUGUUACAUGUGUGCAAAUUAAAAAAAAUUUAAUCGAGAAAUUUUUUUAGGUCUUGGUCUUCUUGAACAAGAUUGUUGGAGAAAUCGGAUUCAAAUACACCGAAGAACAAUUGAGAGAAUGGGUGUGGAAGCAUUUGAAGAGCGGACAAGUUGUUCCAGGAUACGGACACGCCGUACUCAGAAAGACCGAUCCACGUUACGAAUGCCAACGUGAAUUCGCCCUCAAACAUUUGCCAAAUGAUGAUUUGUUCAAACUUGUAUCCACAUUGUACAAGGUUACACCAAAUGUUUUGUUAGAGCAAGGAAAGGUGAGUUGAAUAUUUCUUUGUUGCUCAAUUUUAUCCCAAAUAUGUUUGUUGUUUUUUCUAGGCUAAGAACCCAUGGCCAAAUGUUGAUGCUCACUCUGGAGUUCUCCUUCAAUACUUCGGAAUGACCGAAAUGUCAUUCUACACUGUCUUGUUCGGAGUUUCACGUGCUCUCGGAUGUUUGUCACAAUUGAUCUGGGCUCGUGGUAUGGGACUUCCAUUGGAACGUCCAAAGUCUCACUCGACCGAAGGACUCAUCAAGCUCGCCGCUGCCGCCAAGAAGUAA